AUCGGGUUAUGCAAUAAGUAAAACCUGCAAUCAUCUGUCACUGACAGACUGUAGAAUUCAAACGGUGGGACAUUGAGUCAAGUUUCGGGAUUUGGUUGCAGGAUAGUUUGCGCGUCAGUGGAAGAAUCCAAGCAAAGGGAAAGGUAUAUGCCGUUGGUGAGACACUUUUGAGACCAGUACUUUAGAGGAAUCUUAACGGUGGAUUAACUGAGCAUUGGUUUGUGGCAGAAGAUGUGCAUGUUGCUGUUUGUUGAGUCUGUGAGAAGAGACGAGGGUGUCAAAGAGAAAGCAGACGAGAUCUCCAGGAUGUGUGAAGUGGAUGUGGUGGCCUCGGAGCCACAGAGCCCCACGCUCCUGAGCGAGUCCACGGACAGCUACUGCCAGGUGGACCGCUGGCACCGCCUCCGCACCACUGUCCGCAAGCUCGAUUUCUGGGAGGACUUCAGCGCUGAGCUCAUCGGCUCUGGCUUCUUCUCUAAGGUUUACAAGGUGAUGCACAGUACCACACGGAAGGUCACGGUGGUAAAGAUCUACAAGAACGACGUGGACCAGGACAGCAUAGUCCGUGAGAUCAGCCUGCUGCAGAAGCUCUCUCACCCCAACGUCAUCAGGUAUCUGGGGAUCUGUGUGAAGGAGGACAAACUCUAUCCGAUUCUAGAGUAUGUGAGUGGGGGCUGUUUGGAGGAGCUGCUUGCCCAGGAUGACAUCCCCUUGUGCUGGAGAGAGAAGGUGGACCUGGCCUGCGACAUCUCCAGAGGGAUGACCUACCUCCACUACAAAAACAUCUACCACCGAGACCUCAACUCCAAGAACUGCUUGAUCCGGGUGACACAACGGGGAAGGGAGGCAGUGGUGACAGACUUCGGUUUGGCCAGAGAAGUAGGGGAGCUGCCAGCCAACGACCCCGAGCGUAAGAUGUCCCUGGUGGGCUCGGCCUUCUGGAUGGCCCCCGAGAUGCUCCGAGGAGAACCGUACGACCGCAAGGUGGAUGUCUUCUCAUUUGGGAUCAUGUUGUGUGAGAUUCUCGCCCGAAUCCCUGCAGAUCCAGAGAUGCUACCAAGAACACGGGACUAUGGUCUGGAUGUGGAGGCUUUCAGUGAGUUGGUGCCGGGCUGUCCCCAGCGGGUUCUGGAGCUCUCUGCCAGCUGCUGUCAGAUGGAUGCGUUCCGCCGUCCAUCCUUCUGUGAGGUUCUGGACGUGCUGGAGGACAUUGCGGAGACACUGGAACCCCCCGACACCGUGCUGACCACCGGGUGAGGGAUGCGCCAGGCCAUUAGUGCGCCUCCGCUCCCAAAACGGGACCUCCCUCACUCACACGGACAGCUGUGGACAGCCAUUUUUUGUGUCCUCUGUGAAGGACGGUGGCUCGUCUCUUUCCUCUCUCUCUCUCUCUGUCUAACUGCCUCUCUGUCCAAGGGGGACUUCAUGAGGAAAAGAAGGACGCCUUUUCUCUCUAGGCCUGGGCUGUCUCUCAGGCAUGUGUUUAGGGAUGUGCCCCAAGCCUGGCUGCUCACUCACACUGCUGUGAAUGUGUGCUUUCUGUGUUCUGUGUGAGUGUGUGCGACACACACACACACACACCUUUGCCUUCAGACUUUCUCUCUCUAUCCAUCCCCCUUUCUCUGAACACCGAAGGCAGAUGCUUUAGGUUUGGGUCCAAUGACAAGGGCUAAUGGUUGACUUACAUUUUUUAAUGACCAAAAUUAUAGUCAGGACCAUGGCUUGAUUUAUUUUUCACUGAGUGUUAGAUCUACAUGGUGGAUAUUGAAAAGUGUGAGAAUUUUUGUACAUAAGUCUGUAAAUUGCAUAAGAGCGACUCUGACUUGCACAUUCUUCUACUUGCCUUUAAAAAAAAAGAAACUUGAGAUAAAAUAAUAAGAAAACUCAGUGGGAGGUUAAUGUAUUACAACUCCUGUAAUGGUAUUUGUCUCUGCUAAACAAAGCCAUGGUUACCAUGCCGUUGGCUUUAAAGUCUUAACUGGUAUUCAAAUUGACUGACCAAAGUAUUACAAGCAACUAUUUCACCAGACUGAAGGAGUAUUGUUUCAGCUGUCAUUUUCAUAUGCUGAGGAUCAUUCAUUUCUCUUCCAUAAUAAGGGUAUGGUGAAGUACUAAUAAAUCACCUCAUCGGAAGGAUUCAUUGGGAGAAAAUAAUCUGACAUAAAUAAGAAAAUACAAAACAACUAUUUUGUUACAUAAUAUAUUUAUGUUUAUAAUAUUAUGUGUUACCCAGUGCAGCUGGACAUCAGAAGAAUACAGCUCCUUCUUCAGGUCUUUAGACUGCAAAGACUCAUGUUGUCCGUCCCAGAAACGUCUGAUAAACCUUAUGGGGUAUUUCUAAUGUCAGUCACUUGCGUUCACCCAGUCACAGCAGGUCAGAAAGGAAGAGGUAGGACUCCCAGUCUUCUCUUUUUCAGUCCAUAGCCAGACAUCCUCUCACUUUCUGGGAGUAGAGAGGAGACACUCGAUGCACUUAGCUACAUCACAGCCCUCUCAGGAUUUACUUUGAAAAGAAACCUGUACUAUGUGAAUGACUCUAACCCUUUCGUUAGACUUUGUAUUGUUGACUAUCUUUAAACAUGUUUGUAUGAUUCCAUUUCUAAAGUUCUUUGUAAAUACUCAGCCUUGCAUUUUGCAGGUAGAAUAUAUUUUGUUUAUCACACAAGAUUUCUGUGUAUUGUUUAUUAUAUUGUAGAAUUGCAUAUGACUUCCCUGUUUGUGCAGAUGGUAUAUGAUUAUUUUGCAAAUGCCAAUAGAUUAUUAAAGACAACAAAAUAAAAUUACAUACACUUUG